AUGGGAUCCACCACUACGGAUACAACAAAUGAAUCGGUCUCCUCCUCCUCUUCUUUCUCCGAACGAGCCCGCGAAACCUUCUCCUGCGACCAGUGUCAAAAGAUUUUUUCAAAGCACAGUUCCCUCGCACGCCACAAGUACGAGCACACAGGUCUUCGACCGUUCGUCUGUCGAACCUGUUCCAAAGCCUUCAAGCACAAACAUCACUUGACGGAACAUCGCCGUUUGCAUACUGGGGAGAAACCCUUUGAAUGCCACAGAUGCGGUAAACGCUUCAGUCACUCGGGGUCCUACUCGCAGCACAUGAAUAUGCGUUACAAGUACUGUCGACCCUAG